AGAGUGCAACAAGUGAAAGUGAUUUUUCAGAAGAAGUAAAUUCUUCAUCAUUUCCUGUCCUAAAAAUCCCUCAUUAGGUAGUGACCGGUGAGUGCUGGCUGGUUUUGGCUGGAUUAAACACACCCUAAAUUCUUGUUUGAAAUAAAUAGGGGCUGUACAUGAGCAGAAUAAAGAGAUAAUCUAGGCUUUGCAAGAAAACAGUCAUUUUAUCGGUGUUUUGUUGAGCUCUCUGAAUAACCACCCACACAUUUCCAUUGUUUUGUUCCUGGGCUUCAUCUGCCAGAUGAAAUGCUUCCCACAUUUAUUUUCAGGUCCUGAGAGAGGCAAAUAUGUCAGGAAUUUAAAUGAGUCCAACAGCAGCACCAGAUGGAGCUGGGUAUUGGGAAAGCUGGAAGAGGGGCAGGGGAAGAAGAAGAUAGAUAAUAAACAUGUGCUUUUUAAAUAUUAUCAACAGCGAGAUUUUCAUGAGUGUCUGCUUGUCCCAAGCUGGAAUAGCAGGUGUUAAAGGGGGCUGUGAGUGUGGCUGCAAAGAGAGACUAAAAAAACAGUCAUGUUAAGUCUAAAACUGCUCUCCACGUAGAGCACGCCUGAAAACCUGCUGGAUUUGCUGUUUGCUCGGAGAUUCUCCCUCCUUGCAAAGUGUUUCUCCACAAAUUCUUCCAGGAAAGCCCAAGGUGUACCAAGGUGUGAGGGUGAAGAUCACAGUCAAGGAGUUGCUGCAGCAGAGGAGAGCACGACAAGCAGCUGCUGGUUCAGCAGUGAGUAAAAAUAUUGUGGUGAUGGCUUGGUACCUUCUCUUUUAAUGAUUUUUUUUUUUUUUUUUUUGCCAGGACUGUAAUCUCAGGACCAAAAUCUGAGUGUAACAGGCUGGUGAGGAUGGGGGAAAGGAACAUUCAGUCAGAGUAGCUGCAGCAGUGACCUAAAGGAGUGAGAAUCUGAGGAGUACAGGGAGAAAGCAGAGCUGCUGCUGCUCCAGAAAAGUCACUCCCUCCAGAAUGAAAGCACACCUGGGCAGCCCCAUCCCUUCUGGAGGAGGGGCUGGAGCUCUGUGUGCACACACACACCUGCACAUUCCCUCUCAUUCCCUCUUCCAGCCUUUGUAGGAUUCCUCCAGCUCCAGCCACUCAGGGCAUUUGCAUAAAGAGCUUGGCAAAUCAUUAUUUCUUCCUGGUUCAUGACAUUGCAGCUCUUGGAGCCCUUCACAUUUCAGCUUCUGCACUUUGUUGCAGCUGAUUGCACAAAAAUCAGCCUGAGAUCCAGGGGUGAAGAGAAUUGUCAGGUUUUGGAAACGCUGGGUCACUGCUCCCCUGCAGCCCCAGCAGCAGCAGCCUCUUCAUCACAGCCAGGUGUCCCAGGGCUGCGUGGAACCGGUUUUCACUUCCCACCAGCACUUCACACAACCCCUGUGGUGCCCACACAGGAAAAAGUGAAAAGCGGCGGUGAGGGAAGUCACCUCGGUGACCUGCACAAGGUUCCUUGGGACAGCAGCAGCAGCAGCAGCAUCCAGUUUGCAGAGUCUGUGUCUCCGCCUCACCCAGAGCCUUUUGAAGCAGAAGCCAUCCCUCCUGUGCCCAGCUGCUGCCCGUCCUGGCAGUUUUCCAGCUGCCUGUCCUGUGAGGAAAGCCCUGGAUACCUGGAGCAGCUGAUAGACUCCUGCCUGCAGUCGGAUGCACCCUCUGAGCCAGCCUUCAGUGCCUUCCAGCCAUCCCCACACUACACCCCAGACACCUUCCAGCCAGUCCAGCUCUGCUUCAACCAGGGCCUGCCUGCCAGCUCUCCCAGCUCAGCCGACCUGCCCAGCCCGUGGAGCUCCAGCUGCUCUCCCCCCCAGCUCUCUCCCCUCACCCCGCUGACCCCCAGCCCACCCUACAGCUGCCCCAUGGAGGAGUGGCCCUGCCACCCGCCGUGUCCCUUGCCCAGCCCCGUGUGCUGCUGCCCUGCCUGUGGCUCACAGGGCAGGGACAGCAGGGGCCCGCAGUGCUGCCCCUGCCCCAGCACGGACUGCCUGGAGCUGCUGCCACCCCUGGCCCUGGCCGAGGACUUCUUCAGGAGGGACAGGAGCUGUGACAUUUGCUACAGCUAAUGGGGACUGUGGUUUCACACAUCCACUCUAUCCAAAUCAGAUUAAAUUGCCCAUGAACUAUGCAAAGUUGUGCUGCCUAACACAGCCCAGUUUAUUCUUCACUACUCACACGUUUUUACACGAUGCUGUCACUACAUUGAUCUACGGUCAGGGGGGUUUUGUUGGUGGUCUGGUGGUUUGGUGGGGUUAUUUUUCCCUGUUUUUUUUCCAUUGUUGCUGUUUUUUAAACUAAAUCUGAAGCUGCCUUAUCAAACACUUGUUCUUAAACCAGCUUUUUUUUGAUACAAAUAAAUCAUUUGGUGUAAAUGCUGAA